GGAGGGAGGGGAUGCUGCGGCGCUGGGGAGGGCGGCGGCAGGGAGGCUUGCCCCGCCGCCGCUGAGGGGAGCGCUUCCUCCUUCCCGGCCCCGCGCUACGGGGGAGCUGGGCCCGCCUCUUGCGGGCCGAGCUGGGUAACGGAGCCGCCGCCGGGCUCUGAAGCGCCGGGCUGUGAGGCUGCCGGCGGAGAAAGGAAAGGCUUGUGAAGGAAGGCGGGACGUCCUCGCGUUUCAUGUUCCGUCAGCCCGACAGCAUUUCGGCUUUGAUUCCGACUUGCUCCUACCUGCACCCGGGCAGUGACGGGGAGGAGAGCGGGCGCCGGCCCACCAUGUCCCGGUACAGCCUGCACAACCUCCUGGACUGGAUGUACGGGGGCGUGGACCCCAGCUUUGCCGGCAACGGAGGGCCGGAGUGCGCGGCCUUCCUCUCAGGGCAGCAGCGCUUUCUGGAGAGCCUCGUCUUCCUCAGCGUGGGUGUCGCGGAGAUCCUGCUGUCCCUGUGGAAGCUCAGGCAGCUGCACUGCAAGGAGCUGGAGGCUCAGCUGCUGCAGCAGCCCCAGGCGAAACAGGAGAGCUUGGGCAAGAAUCUACUGCUGGUGGCCCUCUGUCUCAUCUUCGGGCUGGAGGUGGGCUUCAAGUUUGCCACCAGGACCGUCAUUUACCUGCUGAAUCCCUGCCAUGUGGUCACCGUGAUGCAGAUUUUUCUUCUUGCCUGCCCUCCAUGUCGGGUUGCAAUGAUUCUCUUCAGGUUGCAGAUGCAUAUGCUGAAUGGGGCCCUCUUGGCAUUACUGUUUCCUGUUGUUAAUACACGCCUGCUUCCAUUUGAAAUGGAAAUUUAUUACAUCCAGCAUGUGAUGCUCUAUGUUGUGCCCAUCUAUCUGCUGCGGAAAGGAGGUAUCUACACUCCAGAACCACUCUCCAAUUUCUGGUGGGCUCUUUUAUCUACUGGGUUUAUGUUUGUAUAUCAUUUUAGCAUCUUGCAGAUUCUGGGUUUGGUUACAGAAGUGAAUUUGAACAACAUGUUAUGCCCAGCCAUCUCAGAUCCUUUUUAUGGGCGCUGGUAUCGAAUCUGGGCAUCCGGACAUCAGACAGUCAUGACUAUGACUCAUGGGAAGCUUGUAAUCCUACUGUUUUACAGUGCCGUCCCCAUCUUUAAAUGUAGCAUGGACUUGCUUAGACUCCCAACUAAGAAAAUAGACUGAAAUUUCUCCCCACAGAGUAGUACAUACAGGAAGAAGAGACACCUAUAUUCAUACUGGAAAACAAAGAGUAGGGAUGAGAAGACAGUGUGUUUAUAUUUCUCCCCACAGUUCAUUGCCUCAAAAACACCUCUGUUAUCAAUUGAGGUUCUUCUUUUAACUGCUGUUUCUCACUGCCUAUUGCCAAUGGCAAAAUUAGUGGCCUUAUUCUGGAAAAGGUUCAUGUUUUAUACGUUUUGUGCAGGUUACAGUAGAAUCAUUUUUCUAAUCCACCCUUUAAAAUUAGGCCAGGAUCUGUCCACAUUCCAGCAAAGAGAGUGGCAGUGCUACCUCAUUUUGACUUCUUUUCCACUAAACAUGAAUACAGUUAUAAUCACAGAAUAGGAAGGAAAGCUGAAUUACAACUCUCCACUGAUGUGAACAGAACACAGCUUGAAGUGCAUCAUCCUGGCUUAACUCUUAGCACUUAAAUGUUGCAAAAUGGUCAUAGUGGAAUGAUGUACAUGUGAUCUCCCAGUCAUAGGUGCAAAACAGUGAGGUUCGACUGUAUUUUCAUUAAGCUGGUUGAAAAUAUUGGGGAACAAUAACUCUUUCAAAAGUCAUGAUUUUUUUAGCUGACUACUUUGUUUCUUAAGCUGCUGAGGGUAAGUAUCUGUCUGCUGAGGUCCCAUCAGAUCUUGAUGCUUUGGAGACGCUUUUUGAGCGAGUGGAAGAACACAUUGAAAUAAUUUCAAAAGCCCAUGUUACUUGUAAGCUAUGAUAGAUAUUUCAUCCACUGUUCUGACCUGCCUUUAAACAAGAUGGUUUUUAGGCACUUAGUUUAGACUGGAGAGAGAGUGGGAAUACAGAGUCCAAUGUAAACAGUUUUCUUCUUUUUUUUUUUUUACUUGAAAUAUCUUGAAACAUUCCUCCUCUGUGUUCUACCCUGAUCCUUAAUAGAGUGGUUAAUGAGGAAACAAUGAAACUAUUUUCCUUCUCAAUGACUCUAAUACGUUCUGUAUACUUCUUAAAAUAUAGGUACAAAAAGGAACGUCAAGUUAGCACAGGACUGAAAAAGCUGUGUUCCAGUUUACUAGUAUGACUAAAUUUUCUUGUCAACCUGUGUUUUGGAGUAGAACAGGAUGUAGGUAGACAGAAUUAUAAAUAGUAAACUGGCUAAGGGGAGACACUGUUGGGCAGGAAGCUGGGAGGGCUUUACUGUGUUCCUCCAGAUAGCUAAUUGUAAGCCUAUUGUUGUGCAGCAUGUGCAGCAUUUCAGGGCUGCAGGAAUUUUGUUGUACAAAAGUUUGUUGCCAUUUAUAGAUUAUUUGCAUUGCAUUGUUGUAGCCGUGACUUGUAAGAUAAAAACAAAACCAUUGUACCUCCUCUGGAUGGAUCACCCGAAUCACAUACUCUGAUGUGAAGGUACAGUCAUUUAUACCUCAAGAAGAAAAGUAAGAAGGAUAAGUGGUUGACUUGCUUUUUUUCUUUUUUCUUUUCUUUUUUUUUUUUUUUUUUUUGUAAGAUAACUUUUCACUGGAGAGGGAACAAAUGGCUUCUCCAAAUAUUUUUCACUCCACAUGGUUUUAUUUAA